CCUGCUGCUCUCAUUUGGCUGAGGAGUAGAAGCAGAGAGUCUCUGGGAGAGAAGGCUGCACAGAGCAGGCAGAAGACUUUCCACCAGCUCGCACCAAAACUAUUGCAGAGGCCAGCCAGCCAGACAGCAUGGAUGUCUUUAAAAAGGGCUUCUCCAUUGCUAAGGAGGGAGUGGUGGCCGCGGCUGAGAAGACGAAGCAGGGAGUCACUGAAGCAGCCGAGAAGACCAAAGAAGGGGUGAUGUACGUAGGUACAAAAACCAAAGAGGGUGUGGUGCAAAGUGUCUCUUCAGUUGCUGAGAAGACCAAAGAACAGGCCAAUAUUGUGGGAGAAAGCAUGGUGGCCAGUGUGAACACAGUGGCAAAGCAGACAGUAGAAGGAGCAGAGACUAUUGUAACCACCAGUGGACUUGUGAAAAGGGAGGAUUUACAGCAUCCAGAGCAGCCUGAAGACCAGCCUGCUGGGGCUGGGGAAGAAGACACCCCAGUGGAAGCCACAGAGGGUGAAGGAAAUUAAUCUUCUCCAGGUCUUCUACUACAGUAUGAAACCCAGGAGUAAACGCAGACCUGUUAGAGGACACUAGAGCAGGGAUCUCUCUCCUACUCCUAAGCUAUCUUCAUUCAGCACGACAGACUUUCACUUGCCUAAUUCUAACCUAUCCUAGCUGGGUGGCAAACUCUUGAUUGUACGUUUUAGGGCAACUCUAUGCGUCCCCCUUCGUGUCUCCUUUGUGGCUUCCUUCCUUACCCAUCUUUGAGACCUCCAAGAGUGUGGCUGGAUAGCCAUUUCACACUGUUGUGGUUGGAAUCACUGAUCAAUGUAUUUUUGCUCAUUAUUAUCAGCACUUGGUUUCCCUAGAAAGGGUGGACAUUUUUUUUUAAAGAGACAGAAUAAAAUCUUGUUUCAACUAA